GAGAGAGCGCGAGCUUUGCUAGGCUGAGCGCAGUUAUGGCCACGGCCAUGGACGGAGGCGACAGCAACGGCAACGGAGCGGCGGUGAAGCCGGCCAGGCCGACGCCGAAGCGGUUCACGAAGUCCCAGAUCCCAGACACCAUCCUCAACAACGCCUCCCUCAACGCCGCCAUCUCCCUCCUCCCGGCGAACUACAACUUCGAGGUCCACAAGUGCGUCGCCCGCAUCCUCUCCUCCGGCGCCAAGCGCGUGGCCCUCCAGCUCCCCGAGGGCCUCCUCAUGUACUCCCUCCUCCUCUCCGACGUCUUCGCCUCCUUCGCCGCCGUCGAACACUGCUUCGUCCUCGGCGACGUCACCUACGGCGCCUGCUGCGUCGACGACCUGUCCGCCCUCGCCCUCGGCGCUGACCUCCUCAUCCACUACGGUCACAGCUGCCUCGUCCCCGUCGACACCACCACCGUGCCUUGCCUCUACGUGUUCGUCGAGAUUCGGAUCGAUGUCGGCCAUCUCGUGGAAACUCUGAAGCUCAAUUUGGGCGGGGACUACUCGGACGUCGCGCUCGCUGGCACGAUUCAGUUCGCUGGCGCGAUUCGCGCGGCGAAGCCCGAGCUUGAGAGCAGUGGGUUUAGGGUUUUGGUGCCGCAGGCAAAGCCGCUGUCGGCAGGUGAGGUUCUCGGGUGCACCGCUCCAAGGGUCCGUUCUGACUCGAACGAGGGGACGGUUGCGGUGUUUGUAGCAGAUGGGAGGUUUCACUUGGAGGCUUUUAUGAUAGCGAACCCAGGGAUUAAGACCUUUCGAUACGAUCCCUACAUGGGGAAGUUGUUUCUUGAGGAGUAUGAUCAAAAGGGGAUGAGGGAAUCGAGGCAGAACGCGAUAUUGAAGGCGAAGGAGUGCGCGAGGAGUUGGGGAGUCGUGUUGGGGACGCUCGGGAGGCAAGGUAAUCCGAGGAUUUUAGACAGGUUGGAGAAGAAGAUGAGGGAAAAAGGCUUUGAUUACACGGUGGUUUUGAUGUCUGAGAUCACUCCUGGGAGGAUCGCUCUGUUCGAGGAUUCUGUGGAUGCUUGGAUUCAGAUCGCCUGUCCGAGGCUUUCCAUUGACUGGGGUGAUGCAUUUCAUAAGCCGGUAUUGACACCGUUCGAGGCGGAGAUCGCCCUUGGGUUCAUUUCUGGCUGGUGGGAGCGAAAUUUGAAGACGAAUUCGGGUUGUAUAGCUGAUUCCGGUUGCAGCAAGGGCGACUCAAGAUGCGAAUGCGGGAGUAGUGGAGCUUCGAAGUGUGACGAUAUUGGAGAUUACCCGAUGGAUUAUUAUGCCCAGGACGGUGGGGAGUGGAAUUCUUCUUAUGUGAAGAAGCCGUCCCGGCCUGCGAGGAGUAUUCCUGUGCCUUCCGUAGGCAGCAGUAGCAUAGCUUAGUAUUGGUAGAUUGAAAUUGGUGCAUGGAGAGGAGCAUGAAAUACGAUUCUAGUGACUUAAUUAUGCAACAGGAAGUUCUCUGACAUUAUGAAGAUACAAAAAAACUACUUUAAAAAGUGAAGCGACAGGGAAGACUGUUGAAGACC